UGCAGCAUCCUUUUCGCAUUCGCCUCCAUUGUCGCAGCCUUGCUGAUCACCACAUCACACGUGACUGCGCAGCGAAACAUCAAAGAUUACGUGGGACAGCAGCCGCUUCUCUUCGGUCGAAGAGGCGUCAACCCAAACAUGAACAGCUUGUUUUUCGGCAAAAGGUGA